CUGGACGCGCUUCCCGCGUGGAAAAGCUCCGUUCUUUCCAGUUGCCGCCUCAUCAUUGCGGUUCUCCUCACCGACACCGGCAUUUAAGCACCGGGAAGAAACCUAACCCUAGAUCUCUCGUCGACGGCGAUCCGAGCAUCCAAUUAGUGGAUCGAAGGUGCUGAACAAGCCACAACUUUUGACUCCGGAAUUGUGGGAGAAGAGGAAGAUAGGGAAAAUAUACUUAUUAGAAGAGAGCAGGACAAAGAAAAAAAGCUGCUCCAUUAACCAAAAUUAUGAACUUGAGAAGAGAUUAUAGAAACAGAGCUUCUCUUUUUGAUAGCAUUGAGGAGGGUGGCAUUCUAGCACCAUCUUAUUCCUCUCAUGAAAUUGAUGAGUAUGGCAACGACAGAGCUAUCGAUGGGCUACAAGAUAGAGUGAAUAUUUUAAAAAGAUUGACAGGGGAAAUACAUGAAGAAGUUGAGAUUCAUAAUCGUGCAUUGGACCGAAUGGGUCAUGACAUGGAUGCUUCAAGGGGAGUCCUUUCCGGAACGGUUGAUCGUUUCAAGAUGGUUUUUGAGAGAAAGUCAAGUCGCAGAAUGGCUACCUUUGUGGCAUCUUUCCUGGUGCUCUUCCUACUCAUCUAUUACCUCACCAAGUAGAAAUCUUCAUGACAUCUGCAAUGACCACACCUUGACAGUACACGAGCCGUCUGUUGCUUCUUCUAAAGUGGAUUAGUGUGACAGUAGCUCAUGUGUACAACAUCCUUUGUGAAAUGCAUGACAUCUGAACAUUAUGGUGUCAUCUAAUCAUAUGAAUACUAGACGUAUAUUUAUUCUUCUACACCGCAAAGACAUUACGCCUAAGUGGUUCAGCAACUGUUGAAUUCUCGAUUGCCACCGCAGUGACUUGUGGUUGCAGGUUGAAUUAUUUAUUGCCCCAAAUAGUUGAGAUAUGAUGGGUUAACAUCUUUAAUUGGAUUUCUAUUUUUUUAAAAUAAAAUAAAAUUUUAUUAUAGAGGAUUCGAAUAUAAGACUUUAGGAUGUCUAGAUUUUACUGCAACAACACAUUGGAGGCUCUUCAUUUUAAUUGGUGUCAAUAUUAAUGAUAUAAAAUCUUAUUGUAUAUUUUUAAAUUAAAUAAAGUCAAUAUGAAAUAUAAAAUAAAUUAAAAAAGUGAGAUGGAGACGCUCCACAAAAAUUUAAGAAUUUUCUUUAGGAAUUCGUUCAUAUUUAUUUUUAUAUUAUGACCAAUUAGAGAGCGAUGAAACGCACCAAAUCUUUUCACAACAUGAUAAACAAAAAAAAAAAAAGAGAGUUUUUUGCCCACGCAAUCUCAACCUUAUCCACACAGUGAGAUAAUCCCAAAGAAACUCUUUUGUUGACACCCUACAAAGGUACAACUCAGAUACCUGAUUGAUUCGAUCCGUCAUUCAUCUCUGCGUCUUAUGCGAUGGGGUGUCUUUGUGGGUCGCUUUGAUUGGUGUUCGAAGCAAAUGCUCUAUACGUCAUCGGCAGGGAUGACCGGGUGCAGCCGGUUUUCGGACGGACACCACCUGCUGAACCAUUCCUGUAUUUUUCUCGCCAGGUUUCUCUCCUCCCUCUCCCUCUCUCUCUCCCUCCCUCCCUCCGUCCCUACCUCCCUCCGGUCUCUUCGCCUCUCUUCGGCCCUCCUCCUCCUCCUCCUCCUCCUCCCAUAGCCCAAAGAUUUGAGGUUUUGACAUGGCGGACAAUGAAAAAGGUCAAGAGGAAACUUCAUCUCGUGGAGCUGACUGGGAAGUUGUGUCCCUCACGGCAUCUGCCUAUGCUGCUGCACCUGGACCUAGCGAGUUUGACCCUACCGAUGAAAGUAAAGAGAAGGAGAGCAUAACUAAUCAUGAUACUUCUGCUGCACUAUUCAUGUCUGGUCACUUUAUAUUUCCACCCAGUGAACAUGAGAAUCUUCCAAUAGAACCCGCCAUAAGUGAAAUCCAUAGUGAACCGGACGGACAUGAUGUAAGCUCUGAAGUUUUUUAUGAUGAUAAUUUACUUGAUAAUUUGGGUAAACAGAAGUUGCAGACUGAAUCUGAUGAUGACUUGCAUGGAAUUGAGUUUUUCGACAAAGAAAAUAUUGGAUUUCAAGAGGGCAUAGGAUUCCAAGGGCUAAAUUCUGUUGGAAAGGGGCAGGGUAAGUUUGCUGAUUCUCAGUCUGUUGCUUUUCAAUCUGGAGCACAUGAAAGUGGCACCAAGUUUGAGACUGAAGGAACUUCGAAUACGAAUACUGGUACUUCUCAAGAGCAUGCAAGACCAAAUGAAGACAAGUCUGAUGGAUCUGAUCUUCCAAGUCAGUCUUGGUGGAAAAGGCAUGCUGCAUCCAUGUACGACCGUGCGAAGGAGGCCAAUACAUUUUGGUCUGUCGUAGUUGCUGCUGCUUUUGUAGGACUUGUAAUUCUGGGGCAGCAAUGGCAGCGAGACAAAUUGCAGCUUCAUAAAACUAAAUGGAGGUUUAGCAUCAACGAUGAGAGGAUGAGCAGGAUGCUGGGACCUGUCGGCCGGUUCAAACAUGUUCUGGUUGGUAGCCACCACCCUAGCAAGCUGGCGCAUGGAGUUGGUGCCGCCUCCAGCAUUUGAAUUGAUGACGAUGCCUGGUUGUGUUUCCAGCCAGCAUCUUGCACCCACUUUCCAGGAAGUUCCAAGUUGACGGUAUUACCUUAUUCUGGUUAUUUUUCUUUUUUAUUGAAUGGAUUUGUUUAAUAUGCUGUGUAUUUACGGUGUAUGUGGUUCUAAAUUCUAUACUUUAUUCGGUUCAUAUUCGUGAGCCCAAUUUCACUCUAAAUUUGUACU